GCCGGUGUAAAUUACCAGAACUGCUUCUUCUUCUUCUUUCAGUUGGCAGAGACCCCCUCUCUCUCUCUGCGGUUGAGACAGUUCGUUUGAUGUGUCGUCAAGUUCGCGCAGGUUGUUCGUACGAAACGAGUUUAUGAAGAACCUGAACCAUCGUAUUGAUUGUUGGUUUCGCCAAUUUACUCUCUCUCUCUCUCUCUCUCUCUCUCUCUUCCAAGAUAACGAAACCCUAGUUUCCUCGAUCCCUAAUCUCACUAUCCCUUCAAUAUAGUUCGAAAGCCUAAAGUUCGGCUCUCUGCGGUUUGAACUUAGGGCGUGCAAAUUGCACUGCAUGGAUCGUCAACUGGUCAACAAGGGAUUGGAUUUCUCCCGAAGGAAGAAGAAAUGGCUCAUCACUUUUGCUCUGUUUGGAGCUUCGAGUUAUGGCGCUUACAAGCUCUACCACUUGCCCUACGUGGCGAGGAAGCGGGAGCGCCUUUUCAAGCUCUUGGGAGCUUUGAUUUCGAUCGCUGAGAUGGUCUCCGAUUCUGCGGACACCAUCGACGUUGUCUCCAAGGACUUGAAGGAGUUCUUGCAGUCUGAUUCCGACCAGAUUCCCAAUAGCUUGAAGCAAUUGUCUAAAAUUGCGAGGUCGGAUGAGUUCUCGGGGUCGCUAAUUAGGGUUUCCGAAGCCAUGACAGUUGGGGUUUUACGCGGUUACCGAGCGGAGACGAGGAACGGGGUUGAAGUAGGUCCGAAUUCGGGUUUUUCUGAUCAGGUUAUGGAUAAGCUGAUGUCUACUGCUGGGACUGGAUUCGUUUCCGUGGUUGUUGGCAGCUUUGCUAGGAAUUUGGUUUUGGCCUUCUACUCAAAUGGCCAAUCUGCCCAAUCCCGGGAAGGGUCGGAUGGGAAUGGGUUAGUCAGUGCAGCCAAUUCUGGGUCGAAUUCGUCAUCUUUGCCAAGUUGGUUAAAUGUUGUUUCGGACGACAAGUGUAAAGUACUCAUUGCUGAUUCCAUCCAGACGUUUGUAAGCACAGCCGUUGCUGUUUAUCUGGAUAAAACGAUGGAUAUCAACUUCUAUGAUGAAAUGUUCUCUGGCUUGACCAAUCCUAAGCACCAAGCCAAGGUGAGAGACUUUCUGGUUUCAAUUUGUAACGGGGCAGUGGAGACGCUCAUCAAAACUUCUCAUGAAGUAUUGACGAGUUCAAAGUCUAAUCUGGACUCCAGCUCGAGUAGAAUGAUGGAGGAGGUUCCCGAGCCAGUAUCUCCUCCUUCAACAAAACUAAAAGAGAGAAGCACAUGCAAUGGGAUUCAGGAUGGUGGGUGGGUGAAUACUGUUUCAUCCACGUUGGCGGUUCCAAGCAACAGGAGAUUUGUGCUUGAUGUAACGGGGAGGGUGACAUUUGAAACAAUUAGAUCUCUCGUGGAGUUCUUCUUGUGGAAGCUAUCAGAUGGUCUUAAAAGAAGUCUUAAUGUUGUUCAUGAUGAGGUUUUGGAUAGGGGGCUAGAAGUCAUCAGAUAUGUUGGCGCCAAGUCUUCUGUUAUUGUUACUGUAUGCCUUGCUCUGUACUUACAUAUACUUGGUGGUUCUAGGGUUUUGUUGCCUGCUUGAAUCCAUGAUCUAUUAUUGCAAAAUUCUUGUAUAUGGAAAAGGAAGUUAGUGAAAUGGAAUUUUAGGGAACGAAAUUAAGGAUGCUUGUGUGCAUCUUGGUUCUACUUUCAAGCAUAAAUGUUAAAACAUUUGCUUAUUUCUUCAA